CCAAUACGGAGGGAGUAUAUGGCGUGGAAUAGUCAGGCUAGACUGACCAGUGUUGGAAGAGACUAAAGACUUUUUUUUAUUGACUAAGGAGACUAAAGACUUGGACCUAGCCAACUCUGCCGUAUUAUCCAAGGUCCCACGCACAGCCAUGGAAAUUGCUUCAAGUUUCUUCACUUCAAGAGACUAACCUGUCAAACUUCGUCUGCGAUAGUUGAAUUCGACGAACCAUCACUCACUGACCUGCCCACUUUCUUAACUUGCUUUCGGAAAAAGAAUAUCCUCCGCGGCAACUUAUCGCCUAUUCUAAUCGCACACUUGCAGUACCCCAGUUCGCAGUUGCGCCGCAAAGAUACAACCAUCUGUUCUUCCUCCUAUGUAGCCGCCGCCCUGCUGUGCCCGGCCGUGUUACUGAUGCUCGCUCUGCUUGCCAGUCCCAUCGCCACUGUCGCCGCCACGAACACAUCGUCGAACACCUGCGAGCCGGCUGCCGGCGUCGUGCGGCGGCCUCAACAUCUCCUUCCCGUUCUGGCUCGCGGUCUCCCAGAGAAGCCUGCGUGUCCUGUUCCGGCGGCGGCGGCGGCUGCCCUGCACUGCCCAGCCAUGAUGCUUCUCCCUCUGCUACUGCUAGCCAGUCCCACCCCCGCUGUCGCCGCCCUGAACACGUCGACGCCGUGCGCGCCGGCGUCGUGCGGGAAACUCACCGUCGCCUACCCGUUCUGGCUCGACGGCACGCACCCACCGGAGUGCGGCUACAAGGCCUUCCAGGUUACAUGCGACAAGCAGGCCGGCAACCUUUCCCUGGCCAACUCUUACUGGAGAUACCAGCUCCAGGACAUCUUCUACGAGAACAGCUCCUUCACAGCCGACCUGUCUGGCGCCCCUUGCGAUCUCCAGAAUUUCGUCAACCCCUCCUCCGACCUCGGCCUCUCGCCGUUCAACAUCAGCUCCAAGAACCUGGAGCUGUUUAUCCUAUACGACUGCCAUCUGGGGAGAAGACGCGCACCACCGCCUUCUUGGACGCGCGUGCGCUGCCUGCCUGCGCCUCCGGAUGAUGACCCGGACUCGUCGCCGGUGUUCGCCUUGCUUGGGAACAAGUACACGCCAGGCGGCAUCGCGACGCCACCGCCGACGAAUUACUGCAACGUGUCGAUGAUCCCGGUGCUGGGAUACGAGGGAGCGACGGGGGCGGACUACCAGCGGCUGUUGCAGGGUGGGUCUCUGCUCGAGUACACGGAUGCUGGGGCCUGCAAGGCUUGCAGAGUGUCUGGCGGCCAGUGCCGGGUUGAUGCAUCCGACGAUGCGUUCAAGUGGUACUGCUACAACCGUGUUCACUCGGCGACAUGCGGACGCAAGAGGAGCGAUGGGAAGAUAAUAGGAAUAGUUUUGAUGGCAGCAGCUGCAAGCUUGCUCUUUCCAUGUAUUUAUGUGAUGGUCUGCCAUCAGAAAGGGCAAAGACUACGGUUACUCCUGGGCAAAAGGGCUAUCAGCAGUACUGAAAGGAACAUUGAGGCUCUAAUAGUAUCCUAUGGAUCCCUAGCUCCAAAAAGAUACAACUACUCACAGGUAAUGAAGGUAACUUCUUUUCUCAGUAAUAAGCUCGGACAGGGUGGUUAUGGAGUGGUUUACAAAGGAAAGCUACGUGAUGGCCGUCUGGUUGCAGUAAAAUUUCUGCAUGACAGCAAAGGUAAAGGGGAGGAGUUCGUGAAUGAGGUUAUGAGCAUUGGCAGGACAUCUCAUGUGAAUAUUGUAAGCUUAUUUGGGUUUUGUUUGGAGCGCUCAAAAAGGGCUCUUAUCUAUGAGUACAUGCCCAAUGGUUCUCUGGAUCAAUACAUUUUCUCUGACAACCCCAAAGAAAAGUUAGGAUGGCAAAAGCUCUACAUGAUAGCGAUUGGAAUUGCUCGUGGGCUUGAAUACUUGCACCACAGCUGUAAUACACGCAUUAUACAUUUUGAUAUCAAGCCUCAAAAUAUCCUUCUAGAUCAGGGUUUUCGCCCAAAGAUUGCUGAUUUUGGUUUAGCUAAAUUGUGUCACACUAGGGAGAGUAAACUUUCAAUGACUGGUGCAAGAGGAACAAUCGGAUUCAUUGCUCCUGAAGUCUACUCUCGAACCUUUGGAGUUGUUUCAACAAAAUCGGAUGUUUAUAGUUAUGGAAUGAUGUUGCUAGAGAUGGUUGGAGGCAGAAAAAAUGUGAAAUCUAUGGUUGAGAAGUCAAGCCAAAAGUAUUUUCCAGAUUGGAUUUAUGACCAUUUUGCACUUGAUGAUGGGUUAGAAGCUUGUGAAGUCACAUGUGAAGUUGAAGAAAUUGCUAGAAAGAUGAUUUUAAUUGGCUUGUGGUGCGUACAAGUACUGCCCAUGUUUCGCCCUACAAUAACAGAAGUUUUGGAAAUGUUUGAAAAAGGCUUAGAUGAGUUGGACAUACCGCCAAAGCAAAACUUCAGGCAGAUACCCGAAGAUUCGAUGUGUAUUUUGAGUACAGAAAGCACGGGCUUCAGCAGUCAUACCAAAACACAAGCUUUUAGUGAGGUUGUAAAGACCAAGGAAAUGAGUAUUGUGGGUUCAAAAAACUUAAAACGGCUACCAACUCUGUGACAAGGUCAAGAUGUAGCAUCAGAAUUAGGUAUUUAUCAUAUAUCCGCCAUAAACCAGAAGCAACCAUUUGUUCACAGGUGAGAGGUCAAACCUGAUGUUUCAGCCAUACUCUCUGCAGAAGAAAAGUAUACCAGCCUACUAUAGUGUGUGGUAUUCUUGCAUCUUAGUCUACAUAUUAAGGUCCCAGCUGGGGCCUGGGGGGAAGGAUAUAUAGUCCAAUACAAGUAUUCUUAUAGACCAUCAUCACCCAGAAAUUCCCAAGUAGUGAGCUGUGAGCCCAUCUUUACUGGUGUCAAGCAAAUUAAAGUACUGGCAGAAUGAUGGGCAAUGGGCAUGUUGAAAGGAUGAAGUUGAUAGUAGUCAUGCACUCAUGCCAUCUUUACUGAUGUUCCUUUCAGAUACCAAUUCAUGCAUCUGUUCUGAUGUCUUAUCAGUAAA